CCUAUUGAGAUACAAGCAUCCAUUGCAUUCAAGAUGUCUCAACGUCAUGCUCUUUCAGACGACCAGGUCGCGGGUGAGCUCCGCAAGAUGACCGCCUUCAUUCGACAAGAAGCUCUCGAGAAGGCUAGGGAGAUCAAUCUCAAGGCAGACGAGGAGUUCGCCAUUGAGAAAUCGAAGCUUGUACGACAGGAAACUGCCGCAAUCGACCAGCUGUACGAGAAGAAGUUCAAACAGGCCAGCAUGUCGCAGCAAAUCACCAAAUCCACGCUUGCCAACAAGACUCGUCUACGGGUUCUCUCUGCCAAACAGCAGCUUCUGGACGAAUUGUUUGAGCGUGCCAGAGGAGAUGUCACUUCUGCUACAAAGGGGAAGAAGGGCGUCAACUACGAGAAAAUAUUGGCCGGUUUGAUUCUGGAGGGCCUCUACGCUUUGAACGAGAGCAAGGUGCAGGUUAGAGCCAGAAAGGCUGAUUAUGCCACCGUCAAGAAGGCGGCCGAGGCCGCUUCCAAGGACUUCAAGGACAAGGUCGGAAAGGAAGUCACCGUCGAGAUCGAUGAGAGUGAACCGCUUGCUGAGGAUUCUGCCGGAGGUGUCGUUGUCCUUGGAAGCAAUGGGAAAAUCGAGUUCAAUAACACACUUGAGGAACGACUGAGAUUACUGGAAGCUGACUCCCUACCCGCUGUCAGAGAGAUGCUCUUCGGCAAGAACGCAAAUCGCAAAUUCCAUGACUGA